GGGACGUCAGCACGUCGACGCGGGGGUUUUCUCCGCUCGGCCCGCUACCCCAGCCCGGGUCUGCGAAUCUGUGCCUCCUCCUCCGCCAUCCCCGGCGAGGGGCGCAGUCGUUGUCCGCUCGCGGGCCGGCGCGGUUACACCGGUUCCGCUCGGACUGACCGUCGCCCUCACCUCCCUCCCGGCCCCUCCUCCGAGGCCAACCGCGCGGAGGCUUUUCGUAGGGAAGGCGGUUCGGGACUCGGCCCGGGGCCACCCGGGGCCCAUCCCCGCUCCAGGCUCGGAUGGGAGGCGGAGGGAGGAGCGGCCUGGGAUGCUGAGGCUGAUGGCCAAUUGCUGCAGCUGGUUCCAGCGGCGGCAGGAGCCCGUCAGGUGACUCUUGUGAUGGUGGGGCUUGAUAAUGCUGGUAAAACAGCAACGGCAAAGGGAAUCCAAGGAGAAUAUCCUGAAGACGUAGCUCCUACUGUUGGAUUUUCCAAAAUUGACCUUAGACAAGGAAAGUUUGAAGUCACCAUCUUUGACUUGGGAGGUGGAAAAAGGAUUCGUGGAAUCUGGAAGAAUUACUAUGCUGAGUCCUAUGGGGUAAUAUUUGUUGUGGAUUCCAGUGAUGAAGAGAGAAUGGAAGAGACAAAAGAGACAAUGUCAGAAGUGCUAAGACAUCCUAGGAUAUCGGGAAAGCCUAUAUUGGUGUUGGCAAAUAAACAAGACAAGGAAGGGGCUUUAGGAGAAGCUGAUGUGAUUGAAUGUCUGUCUCUGGAAAAAAUGGUCAAUGAACACAAGUGCCUAUGUCAGAUAGAACCUUGUUCAGCAAUCUUGGGAUCUGGAAAGAAAAUUGACAAGUCCAUUAAAAAGGGCCUUUAUUGGCUGCUAGAUAUCAUUGCAAGAGACUUUGAUGCCUUAAAUGAACGCAUCCAAAAGGACACAACAGAACAACGUGCUCUUGAGGAGCAAGAGAAACGAGAAAGGGCUGAACGAGUGCGAAAAUUACGAGAAGAAAGAGAACAAAGAGAGCGAGAGCAGGCUGAACUCGAUGGAACCAGUGGUCUGGCUGAGGUGGAUCCAGAACCAAUUAUUGUUAAUCCUUUCCAGCCGAUAGCAACUGUAAUCAUUGAGAAUGAAAAAAAACUUGAAAGAGAGAAAAAGAGGCAAAAUGUGGAGAAAGACUGUGAUGCUUGCCCCCUGAGAAAUAAAAUGGAGCAUGAGCAGGUGGAGACACAGAGCCAGAUCAGUGACAGUAGCCAAAAAAGCAAUGAGUUUGGAACCGUAGAAAAUUAUAACGAAGCAUUAACACAGCAGUUGGAGAAUGAAGAUGAAACAGACCAGCCAUCAUCAGAAUCAGAUAACAGUAAAAAGAAAACUAAGAGACUAAGAAUAAAAAGAAGUCACCGUGUAGAACCCGUUAAUACAGAUGACUCUGCUCCUAAGAGCCCAACACCACCCCCGCCGCCCCCUCCUGUUGGCUGGGGAACUCCCAAAGUCACUAGACUUCCAAAACUUGAGCCUCUUGGUGAAACACGUCAUAAUGAUUUUUAUGGGAAGCCACUGCCUCCGCUGGCAGUGCGACAGAGACCAAACAGUGAUGCUCAUGACAUGAUCUCAUAACCAAGUCGUACAGAUGAGCCGUCUUAAUAUCAGCAAGAUGAACUAGAGGACCUUCUUUCUCAAAAAAGAAAAACCCUGUACAUUGAUGACUGGGGCAAGAUAACCAUAGCAAUUUCAGUGAAGAGAUUGAUAACCAAAGAUCUCACUGAUCUGAUAAUUACUUAUCCAUGUUGUUUGUGGUUUAAUAAAAAAAAAAAAGGAAGCAAAAAAGACCAGCAGAUGGGAUGAGCAUUAUGGACCAAAUUACCAAGAGUUAGUAUUAACUCUGGUUUAUACAUCCCCACUCAUGGGCAUAUUCCUGAAGGAAAACCUUUCAGAAAAAGCCAAUGGACUUUGCACACUUUCAUUACUAUUUGUUUAGUAGUCUUUAUUUCUGUACCGUAAACCUUUUUUGUAAGAUACAUGUGCAUGGAAGGGGAACUCUUGGGAAUUUAUAACCUAAAUUUUUAACUUUUUAUAUUUUUCUAAAACUUUUGUUUAAGAAUUUUAAUUACUAUGAUAUUGACUGUAUACUUUUCUAUAGAUGCUUUGUUUAAAUUGUAUCUGGAAAAUAGAGUUCAUAUACUGGACAAACAUUAACUAUACAAAUGAUAUAUUUAUAUGUUUUGAGGUAUGUUUUAUAAUAGUAUUGUUCUUGAAGUAUACAUACUAAUUUGACCUAAUUUUAAAAUGAUAUUUUUAAAAAUAAAUUCUCAGAUCUUUAUUCUAACAAAUUAUAUUACUUGAA